AUGUCAUCUUCUCAGGCUGAGAAGAGCUCUCUUCCUUGUCCGUCUUGGAUUUGGUCAAACACAUCUAACAUCCAUGUCGCGAAAGAUCGCUCUUGGUUCUCUCACGACUACGUCCCCAUAGAUUCUUUUGCUACGACUCGAGAGGGAGGAAAAAUCAAAGUCAUUGGGAUCGGAACUGUUCGUCUCCCUGUCAAGAUUUCACCAACUCAGACCGGUUCGAGCUCGCACGGCAUCCUUCCAUUAAAGAGGGUGCUACACGCACCUAACAUAUUCUGCAACUUGAUCGGCAACCCUAUUGAUGACUGUUACCGAAUAUCAUGUUCCAGUGAUAGCCAUGCAGCUGGUUACAUCACCGACACUAGCGGUAAACCAGCAGCUUAUUUCCAGCCAUUCAGUCCCUUGGUCCCGCUUUUUGAGGUGCGUCUUAGUGGGCUCCCGAUUGGCCCUCAGGUUGGACCUACGCCAUUCAAACCGUCCGGCUUAUACAUGCUUCAUGUCAUCUGGCCUAGCGAGGAGAGGAAGAGAGUUGAAGCAUUGCUAGCCAUUCGGAACCGACAAUUCGUGACAUCUGGCCCUUUGACAGCCUUUGAGCAGGCCUGGCUACGGACAUUAUAUGAGAGCGAACUCAAUCUUGUCUGUUCGCAGGGGGAGAAAAUCUUCAAGGAUGAGUUUCGAGAUGAAGGUCGUUUUAUCCUACGAGCUUUGGCUGCCUGCGAUGGUCCACGUCAACAACAAGCCCCCGGCACCGAAAAGCUAACUAUUACUGAGAUGGAAGGGAUAAAGGCGCAAUACGGGAAUGAGCUUCCGGGCUUUUCUUCUGUUGGGACAAACAUUUUCAAGCCAGAUUUCAAGGAAGAAGGCCGCUGUCUUCUACGCGCUAUCAUGUCCUAUGAGUCUAAAGGCCCUCGAGAGUCCUACCUCCGGGCCUUGUCAAGUGUAACAGCCGAAGAGAAAAAAUGGCUCAAGACGCACUACGGGGGUGAAUUCAAGUUUCUCAGCGACUAUGGGCUGAAAAUCUUCAACGAGGAGGAUAGAGAAGAAGGUCGUGCCAUUAUGCGAAGUCUCAUGCAUGAUGAAGAAAUUGAUGCGGACACCGGCGAGGUGACCGAAUUGAGGGAAAUGCUGGAAUCUAGCUGGACAACAUUCACAACUCAACCUCUCGAACUACGAAAAUACCAAUAUCAUACCUCAAAUACAUUCCUGGAGGAGCCUUUCGACAGACGAUUUAUGUGUUUCGACUGCCAAAGAGUUGACUUUUUUGAUGCGUCAGGUCCCAAAAUCUGGAGCACAUCAGGAAGUGGUCAAAUGACCCUGCCUGCGGGAUUCAAGGUCACAACUCUGGGGGGCAAGGCCAGUGUGUCUUGA